UACUGGAGCAAUCCCUGCUGAGCUGCCGUAGCACGGCUUUCCUUUGCAACCGCCCAACCCGCAGGAAACCCAGUGAUAGGUGGUUCAGGGGAGAAUUAAUAUUAAAACUGGAUUUACGUUAUUUUCGGUUAACUUUUUUGUGUUAUCAUGGAGGAACCAAUUUCAGUUUUGCGCUGUCUUGGGGAAUAUCAUAGCGCGGAACUGUUUAAUGAGGACAAUGUGAAGACGGUUACUUCAAUCGAACAGAAAAAAGUUGAAGACAGUGUACAAGACGUAUUCAAUGCUUACAAGAUAAAUCACAGAUUGUCACCACCCAGCCUGCAACGGGAGCAGCAUUACAUCUAUUUAAAGAGGGGUUUACGACAUCUUUCAGAUGCCUACGAGUGUCUUGAUGCCAGCCGGCCCUGGCUUUGCUAUUGGAUCCUACACAGCCUGGAGCUCCUGGAUGAAUCAGUCCCUUCAUCUGUAGCAUCAGAUGUGUGUAAGUUCCUGGCCCGAUGUCAGAGUCCCAGCGGCGGGUUUGCAGGGGGCCCCGGCCAGCAUCCGCACCUCGCUCCCACUUACGCAGCCGUCAACGCGCUCUGCAUCAUCGGCACAGAGGAGGCAUACAACGUGAUCGACAGGCAAAAACUGCUAGACUUCUUGUAUUCACUGAAGCAGCCUGAUGGGUCGUUCAUCAUGCACGUGGGCGGUGAAGUGGAUGUCAGAAGUGCUUACUGUGCUGCUUCGGUGGCAUCCCUGACAAACAUCAUCACGGCCCCGCUGUUUGAGGGAACCCCCAGUUGGAUUACAAGGUGUCAGAACUGGGAAGGAGGUCUUGGUGGUGUACCUGGACUAGAGGCCCACGGUGGUUAUACUUUCUGCGGAAUGGCUGCCAUGGUGAUUCUUCAAAAGGAACACAUGCUGGACCUCAAAUCCUUGUUACGCUGGGUUACCAGCAAGCAGAUGCGAUUUGAAGGAGGGUUCCAGGGCCGCUGCAACAAGCUGGUCGAUGGCUGUUACUCAUUCUGGCAAGCUGGACUGCUUCCCCUCCUGCACAGAGCCCUACAUACACAAGGGGGUUCCAGUCUCAGCAUGACGAACUGGAUGUUUCAUCAGCAGGCUCUGCAGGAGUACAUCCUUCUCUGCUGUCAGAACCCAUCCGGAGGGCUGCUGGAUAAGCCUGGCAAAUCCAGAGACUUUUAUCAUACCUGCUACUGUCUAAGCGGACUUUCUAUAGCACAGCAUUUUGGGAGCCGGGAGAUCCAUCACGAAGUGAUCGUGGGCAAAGAGGAAAACUGCCUGGCCCCAACUCACCCAGUGUACAACAUCUGUCCUGACAAAGUAGCACAAGCUGUACAGCACUUUCAUCAGAUGGCUGUCCCUGGGAAGAGUGGAUCAAGUUCCCAGACUCCUAACCUCUAAUACUUUCUUCAGAAAAAACUUCGGGUAACAUCAUAGGUUUAGGCCAUUUAUAAGUAAUACUCUGGUUUGUCAUUGGCGUCUGCAUGGACAUCUGACGCUGCAAAAUCCUUGUUUCUGCACGGCCAGCUGACUCGUGGUACAAGGAAGUGAAGGUGCAUGUGGAAGUUUGUGAACGCAGUCUGUAAGUGGUGAGCCUGAAUUAAGAAAACCAGUGCAGGAGUUCAUUGGGAGUCUGGUUUGGAUUUUAAAAAAAUGCAAAUAAAAGGUGAAUGCGUUCAAUAUUGUAUUCCAGGACCAGGUGAUUAAAAACCAAGAUGUUAUUUUGAAUGGCUUUGUGUGAAGGGCAAGAAAUGUCUAGUGCCACUUAAGGCCUCCACAGUGAGUGAACGUGGUGGGUACUAUCAGUAUUCUCUACCUAUGGUCUUACCCAGAAGUACUGCAGCAAGAAUUAUUAUUUUUUUAAAGCCAUGUAGGAUCAUGUUAGAAUUCUAACUAGAUUUUUUAGUGUUACUAAUAAAUGUUUGAAAUCUAAAUUUACUAUUCUUUUGUGUUCGUUCAUUAUUCUUUGCUUGCCAACAGUACGAGGCCCAAAGGCAUCAAUUGACUUUAAGAGGGAAUUUCUUUCAAACAACUUGCCUGAGGAACUGGUGUCAAAAUUGGCAGGAAGGGCAGCUGAAUCCAGCCCCUCUACAAACCGGUACUCUCUAUAAUUUGUGGGACCUGACCCAAAUCCCUAUUGCUAUGAAUAGUGUGACAUCCUCUACAAACUGGAACCUGUGUAUUCUGGCAUCCAGCACGAUUUUCGGCCUCUUCUGUGUACAGUCUAUGUAAAUAUGACUGUGCAAUCCAGCACCGGAUUGUUUAAACAUAAGAAAGACGUUGCGUAUAUAUUCACAAGCCCUGUCAGCACCAUUCUGAAUUGUGUAGGUGUUGAACAGCAACUAAAUGUCUGAAUGUCCACACAAUGAGAUCUCUCUGGGGGGAAAAAUGUGCUUAUCAAAAAAGCUGAACGCUGUCUAGACAAUUGUCCGGUCCUAAGUGACACCAGAUUGGACAGGUCUUACUGUAUUGUUGUCUCAGCUCUAGUGGAACUAUCCUAGGUUAUAUUUGUAGCAAUGAACUUCUCUAUUGCCACAUUCUUCAUGUUUAUUAAAUCUACUUACAUAAUUGGUUACAUUUUUCCUACUUUGCACACGUUUAACAUGAGUGCCAUAUCUGAACUUUAGUCACCCACCGUAUGUUUAGCAUUAUGAUAUGUGAUAAAUAUCAAAAUAAAUGUGGCAAUAGUCAAGGACAUUUCUGCAAAUCCACCCUACGGUACUUUCCUGUUUUCCAGAAUGAUUAAGCUUACCUUGCACUGAAAAUGUAGUCAAUAGAAUCCACUAUUUUUGAUCUCCAUUUUAAAGUCAAAGUGGUCACUUCACUUUUUAUAGCCAUCAUGUACAUAACAUAUAUACUGUUCAGCAUGGUUUGAGUUCUCAUUCAAAAUGUGGACCCUUAUGCACUGAUGCAUGUCUGUCUCACUCUAAAUGGUGAACUGAGGAACUGCCUUGAAUUUCCACCAAUGUUCUCAGAACUAAAGCCUCAUACAAGACUCGUUCACAAAGCCGCCUGGACUUAUCGGAUUACUCCGAAACUAUUUUAUUCAAAAUUUUAAACCUGUAGAUUAACAAAAUGCAGGAUUAUGAGGAUCCUUUAUGUAUACGCACACUGGUUUCCUUUGUUUUUUAAUAAAAAAAAGACAGAUCCAUCUUUAAAGGAUAAAAUAGUUUUAUUUAUAGUCUCAUAUUAAAGGUAAGCCUUAACUUGCAAGACAAUUGUUGACAGUAUGUACAACAUACCUGUAAUUUCCAUGGAAUGGAAUUAAACGUGAACAAAUAUCUAUUUAGUACACACUAAUUAAAGUUCUAAAUGAAAAAAGGAAAAAAAAAAAAAACACAAAA